AUGCCAGCCGCACCCUCCAAACGACAAAAAGGCGUCAAAAUCUCGCGUCACUUCCUCAUCGGAAAUGAAGCGCACAAUCUACCCUACCCAGGCUACACGCAUCCCGCCCCGGAAAAUCACACCAAAGGCUGGAAAGUCUUUGUGCGCCCCCUUCCCAAUGGGCCGGAUAUGACGACCUGGCUCAAAAAAGUCCAGUUCAAACUACACUUCACCUACCAGGAUGCAUCCCGGACGAUCGAAGCGCCGGGGCCGUUUGAGGUGAUGGAGACCGGGUAUGGAGAAUUUGACGUCGAGAUCCGGCUGUAUUUCGCUCAGGAAGCGAGUGAGAAGGCGGUAUAUCGGAGUCACUUUUUGCAGUUGCAGCCGUAUGGAACGGAGGAGCAGAAGGCGAGGCAGGAGAAGGAGAAUAAGGUCGUUAGUGAGAGGUUGGAGACGAUUGAGUUCAAUGAGCCGACGACAGAAUUUUAUCGGAGCUUGACGAGUGAGAGUCAGUUUGAUUGGUUGAAGAGUAAGAAGGGGAGGGGCAAGGGGAAGCAGCCGGUGAUGGUGUUUGAAGGAGAUGUGGAGCCUACGGCGCAGUUGCCGGAGAGACCUCCAGAUGGUGGAAAGGAGGGUGCGGUGGGGUAUGGUGGACAGUGGAGCGUGGUGUACGAAAGACAGGUGGUGGCUGAGUUGGAGCAGUGUAAGAAGCGGUUGGAGAAGGAGUUGGAGGAAGAGAAGAAGUUGCAGGAAGAGCGGCGACGGCAGAUGCAGGAGGUGGGCGAGAAGAUUGCUGCCAAGUGA